CCAACUCUCUACUGAGACAGACUGGAAAUGCUUGCACCUCGUGUUGACAACCUCUUGAGUUCUCCUUCGUCUCCUUUGAGCCUCUUCCAGUGGUGGAGUUUGUACUAGAGGAAGGACAGUGAUGAUGAGGCAGUGAGACUGAUACGAAUGGAGCCUCCACAGAAGAAGACCAGUGGUCCAGUUAUCACAGAUGAAGGCACUACCCAGACUCUAGUACUGUCUGGACCACCAGAUGAUCAGUCACAUGAUGAGAACGACCCUUUCACUUCCACUAAUACUGAGGGUGGCAGUGAGUUCUGUCCAGUGGAGGUCGGUCGCUCAGCACUCACCGGACUACAUAGAUCAGAAGUCAUGGUCAAGGAGUGGGGGACUCCAAUUGGAAACCAGUACUACCGCUCGGUCAUGCCCGACUUCCCCAUCUCCCUCUGUGGCUCCUGUAAUAAGGUCAGUUGCAGCUCCUUUCCCACACAUCUCCAUGGAUUGGACAUACAUAGUAUCAUGCAAGGACCACUUUAAGGGGGUAGUUUAUGCGCUCAGAAAAUGGUGCAUUUAGCACUAUGUGCAUGUUCCAUGCAUUUAGUGGCAUAGGCUGCAACAUCUAAUCCAGGCUCACUCAGUGGUGAUCUUCACUUGAGUAUUAUGACAUUGUUC